AUGGACAAGUUGAGCAUCGCAUUCGUCUGGCCCAUAACAUUGUGUAUAUGCCUGAUAAAUAUCGGCUAUGCGCAGGGCAGUUUUCUGAGAUUCACGAACAUUACGUGCGAGAGCAAGGAUCUGAGCACAAGCUCGAUAGAGUAUUGCUAUGUCGGGCAUUUGGAUCGUCUGAGAAACUAUGUGAGUGUGCGCUAUAAGCUGUUUCAGCCUUUACAAAAGGACUUUUUCUUCCGUUUCAGGUUGAUGAUCAGGAAUCGCAACAGCUGGCAGCCGUUUCUAUAUGCCAUCGAUAUAGACUUGUGUCGUUUCUUGAAAUCACGCUAUAAUGCCAUAGCCAAACUGUUAUAUGGCUUAAUUGAGGGUCACACCAACCUGAACCACACCUGCCCCUAUAUGAAGGAAAAGUAUGUGACUAUAGACAGAGUGCUCAACACGGAUAUAUCUAAGAAAAUACGCGGCCUGCCGCUGGGCAAAGGACACUAUGCGGUUUUUACCAGCUGGUCCUGGAAAAACACAACACGAGCCAUGACAAAUAUUUACCUGGAGGUUUUGAAUGAUUAACCAGUUAAGUAUAUUGUUAGGCUUAUUUUGAUUGAACAA